AAAUGACUUUUCACCUAUUUUUAACGAAAAAGUUGCGUUUUAUUUUUAUUGUAGCGUUUAUUAUUAUUUUUAUUAUUUUGAAUAUUUGCUCGUUUUAUCAAGAUGUUAAUAGCUUUAAUAAAGAGGUGAACUUGCCGUUUCCUAAUAAUACUGGAAUAAUGAAAAUUGAUGUUGGUCAAGGAGAGGACUUUUGGAUUUUAACUGAAAAUUAUAAACUUUAUCAUUGGAAUGCAAUUAAGAGAAAAUUUAUUCGUAAAGCAAAGGAUUAUGAACCCAUUUAUGAUUUUUCUGUAGGAUCAGAUGGAACAGUUAUUAUUUCUGAUUAUUAUCAUGAUAUAAAUAUUCGAAGUUAUAUCGAUUCAUGGAAUAUAAUUUAUGGACAUUAUGAUAAUAGAAAUAUUUCCAUUUGUGAUCUAAACAAGAUUUUUACUACAAAUAAUUAUAUGUUAUUUGUAGGUGGUUAUUAUAAAGAUAUAUAUUUCUGGGACGAACUUGAUCGUAACGACUAUUAUCAGAUUUCCUGUGCUUUUCAUGAUAAAUCAUUAUGGUUCAUAGGUUAUGGUCAUUAUAUUUAUUUAUAUGUCAAUAAGUAUAGAAAAUUUUUAUAGGAUUAUUCGAUCAGAAGUUCCAUUUAAACAAAUUAAAGCACUCUCUGAACAACAUGCGAUCGGAAUUGAUUAUGAUUAUAUUUUAUGGGAAUAUAUAAAUGGUACUUGGACUUGG